UUUUCUGACGUUUUUGGUCGGGUAGAGCGACGAAAGCGGAACUGUGCAAACUGAAUGAGUUCAUAACAAGAUUUUCGUGUACAGCUUGUGCAUAACAGUGGCUGAGGACUUUAUCAUUAUGAGAAAGUGACUAUGGAAAAACUUGUCAAUUGCCUGUACAGAAAACCUGAAGCCGUUUCCAGGUUGAUUUGUUUUCCAUGGGCUGGUGGUGGAUCCAUCCAUUAUGCCCAGUGGGGUAAAUUCUUCAACAGUUCUGUGGAAGUCUACUCCCUGCGACUUGCAGGAAGAGAAUCUCGUGCAAGAGAGCCUUUUGCUAAUGACAUGAAACAAAUAGUUAAUGAGAUCAUUGACGCAUUACUGCCAGUCCUUCAGGAGAAACCUUUUGCAUUUUUUGGCCAUAGCUUUGGAGCACUAAUGAGUUUUUCCACUGCUGAGCACUUAAAAAGAGAUCAUGGAUUACAACCUCUGCACCUUUUUGUGUCAGGAGCUUCAGCACCUCAUUCCAAGGCCCGUUAUCCCAUACAGAAAAGAAGUGAGCUGUCAGAUGAUGAGUUUCUUACGUGGAUGACAUCUGUUGGGGGCACUCCUCCUGAGAUUCUUAAAGACAAGAGUAUCCUGCAGUUGUUCCUUCCAGUCUUAAAAGCAGAUCUUAAAGUUGUGGAAAGCUUCAGCUACGAGAAGCCACCAGUGGAGACUCUUUGCUGCCCAGUUACUGCCUUUGAUGGUGUAGGUGAUGUUCCACAUGAUUUAGAAGCAUGGAAGGUCCUGACAAGUGGUGAUUUCACUAUUCAUAAACUCCCUGGAGGUCAUUUCUAUUUAAAGGAUCCUAGCAAUGAAGCCUUUAUAGUCGAUUACAUUAUGAAAAAUUUAGAAAAUGUAGGAAUGGACUACUUUUAAAGCUUCAUUAAUUUUCGAACGAGGAAGAACAGACAAUGUCAGCAAGUUCAUCUUCAUAAGACGAAGAGGGGAGAAUCUCAUUGAGCUCAACAUUGUCAAACUGCUGAGUAGACUGAGUAUGAACUGUUUUAAUUACCUGAUGGGUCUAAAGCUUGUAGUGUAAUUCAGUAUAAUUCAUAGUUGAAUUCUAAUGCCUUGACAAAUCCUAGCAAGUGCAACACACACUAAACAAAUGGCUGAGUUCUAAAUAGUAGUACUUUACAUCUAUUUCACCAUUUCAGUAAUUUUUUUACAGGGAAGCUAAUUAAUAUCUUUUCACUAGUUCAUCUUUUGGCUGUAAACUUGAAUACUUUUAUUUGGCAUUUUAUAAAGAGCUAUUCAGUGUUGCACAUUUCCCAGUGUUCCUUGUUGUGGAAUGAACGUAGGUCUUUUAGUCAAUUGUUCAAGGUUAAGACGGAGUAAAGGGGGAGAAAGUAAGGUUGUACAGAUCUUUUGCUUCUUCAGCCUUGGAUCUGUGAUCAUCAAUUUUUCAUCUGACUUGUAUUACAAGAGAUUGCCUACAUACUUGUGUACAUUCAAGGGAACUGCAGUUCUGUAUAAAUGGUGACAAUCGCCUAGAACCAAUGUCACAAAAAUGUCACAAGGUAUCCUUAUGAUGGCAGAUAAAAGGGAGUCCUUUUUUAUGAUGGACCUGAUGUGCCUAAUAACUAGACUUUGGCUGCAGUAACAUACAAGGAUGAGACAAAUACCACUUUUCCUACUGGUGGCAAUCUUUAGAUAGUUACUGUUGGAAUUUAAGAAGGUGAAAACAGUUCUAGACCAGGUUUUCUCAAAAGGAGAUGGAGAUUUUUCAUCUCUGAAAAUAAACCAUUUGGUACUAAGAGACUGGCAUUUAUCUUCAGCUUAACCGUAUAGGUUCAUAGGUAGAUACUAGAAUAACACCCAGCAAGGCCUUUAUAAGCCUAGCCAUGCAAACCAACCCAAUUGUCUUCCUAUGUAUCAUGGGUGUUUAUUAGAAGGAGAGGUUAUGUGGGGGUAUGUCAGUUUGGGAAUUACUGUCUCCCUCUAUCAGAGGCAUGGUGGACCAGACCUGAGGUGAAUGUUCAAUUUCCCAUCCAGUGGUCAAGGUUACAGUUAAAUAGGUGUAGGGAUGGACUCUGCUUCACAUGGGUGGGGAGCCAAUUCCAUAGCAUGGGGAUCCUCUUAGGCACACAUCUGUCUCACCAGCCUGCCUUAUUUAUGUCACAAGCAAAUUUCAAAUCCUUGGAUCUUGUGGUUCUGAAGCGGUUUGUUUUCCAGAUGUGCAAAAGGUCCAUCAGAGCUGGAUCUGGGGAUGUCUUGUAUGCCAGGCAUUAAGGAGAUCCAUAGAGGACAAUGUGUUUAUACCUUGGAUUCUCUUGGUAAGGAACCUCUGUGUGCAUUCCAGAUGUUGCAUCAAGCUCAUAUGCCAAGUAGAUUAGAAAGGAGAAUUGUGGAUUUCAAGGUGACAAAGUGGAAAAGUACAGUAGUGUCUUGGAAGUUCUCCAACAAAUAGACAAUAACACUGUGUGGAAGAAUAAUGAAACUAUAAAAACAAUCUCAUUGUGCCAACCAAGGAACUAAAUUGGAGUACAAGAAAUAUUGUUAAAUUAAGAUGGUAGCAACCCCUAUCCCUUCCAAAUUAAAUGGUACACUGAGUUUUACUUGUGUGCUAAAGGGAGGAGAUUAGAAAGUUGUAACUUAUAAGUGGCUGUGGUUGUCAUAUGUUAUAGUAUGAAAUGUUGAAUUGAUUAGGUACAUUGUCUGAAGAAGUUUUUUUGUAAGAUGAAAGUGCUAGUUGUGUUAUUGUGUUCUUUAAUUGUGACAUUUGAAUUGUUUUAUUUGUUUUUGCUUCUUGAAUUAAAAGUUUUGUUUUAACA